AUGUCCCCUGAGCUCAGCUGGGUUGAGGGAUUUAACCCAACAUUUUUCCUCAGGGACGGAGUCCGGGCGCAGCGGGGCGAGCUGAGGGGGCUGCGGCCGCCCCGGCCUCCUUGGAGAACCCCCGGCCGCGGUGACCCUGGCCUCAGCGGCAGUGGGGCCAAGCCGCCGCCGCCGCCAACGGGCACCUUCUGGCUGACCCGCAUCGUGCUGCUGCGAUCCAUAGCCCUGCUUUACUUUGUGGCCUUCCUGGUGGCAUAUCAUCAAAACAAGCAGCUAAUAGGAGAGAAGGGGCUGCUCCCUUGUAAACUGUACCUGCAGAAUGUCAAAAAGUAUUUCAAAGGGAAGAUAAACCUGGAUGCUCUGAGCUAUGCGCCAACAAUCAUCUGGUUUCUGGACUGGUCAGACAUGGACAGCACCUUGGACUACCUCUCCCUGCUUGGCCUGGCAACUUCAGCCUUUGUAUUGAUAACUGGAUGUGCAAACAUGGUCCUCAUGUUUCUCCUGUGGGUUCUCUACCUCUCGUUGGUCAAUGUUGGACAGAUCUGGUAUUCCUUUGGAUGGGAAUCGCAGCUCCUGGAAACAGGGUUCCUGGGGAUAUUCCUCUGCCCUCUCUGGACCCUGUCCCGCCUGCCCCAGCACACUCCUCCUUCCAGCAUCGUCAUCUGGGGCUUUCGGUGGCUGAUUUUCAGGAUCAUGCUUGGAGCGGGGCUGAUUAAAAUUCGAGGAGAUCGCUGCUGGAGAGAUUUAACUUGCAUGGAUUAUCACUAUGAGGCAGCCCUCCAUGUUUUCUUUCUUUAUCGUAGCCUGUCUCUGGCAACACAGUUGAUGUCCAUGUGCCAGCUCGUGUUGAAAAAGAAAGAAAUUGCUGUGUACAGCGGCACUGCGCUGGGCGAGUAG